ACCAAAACCUUCUGCGAACACUAGUGGGUUUACGGACGGAGACGGUGCGGGUCUGCGCUGUUUCCAAGCCUGACAAAGCCGGGACCUUAAGUGCUAGCGUUAGCUGACGUUAGCUGUUGUAAAGGAGCUCACUCCUGUAACCAGCCUUCGGUAGAUCCGAACCCAGUCAGCAUCAACUUCUGUACAGGGUGUCGCGUCGACAAGAACAUGAGUGAGCUGGAGGAUAUCAGCCACCACAUUCAUGACCGGUUAUCAGCCUUACAACGCGUGCUGGAUCUGUCGGCCGCCGAAUUGCCUCAAAAUAAGAUAAAGAAACUCGGGCAAGAACUCUUUGCUCUGGAGAGACUUUUGGAGGAGUUUGAAAACUGCGUUGGCCGACAGAAGGAGCAGCUGAAGCAUCUGAAGGAACUUGAGGAGUUAUUCCAGAAGGAUGAGAAGGAUGUCCAUCACAUGAAGGACAACAUACCUGCACACAUGCCCAGGAAGAAAGGCUCAGCAAAUGGAAAUGAACCUGUAAUGACCCAGAAUGACGCGGCAGGUCAUCAGCUUGCCCAACCAGAAAAUGUCAAAAAGACCAGCAAAAGCUACGUCAGAGAGAUGGAGUUUAUCACCACGCCAGAGUUUGAGAGCAUCCCCCAGUACAUGAAAGGACGUGUAUCAUACGAACAACUUAAUGCUGCGGUGCAGAGUAUUAACACAGCUGCAGCAGCCAAGUACAAGAUCCUCCAUCAGUCGUUGAAAACGCUGAACAAUCAUGCACGAAAGUUGCACCAGCGCUUCAAGGACCAGGAGACGAAAGAUACAAAAGGUCAGUAUUUUGUGGUGGAGGAUGACAUACGGGAAUUUACUCAGACGAAGGUGGACAAACGAUUUCAGGGGAUUUUGAACAUGCUUCGACACUGCCAGCGCCUGCGGGAGUUGCGAGGAGGAGGCCUCACCCGCUACAUGUUGUUAUGAAUGAACAAAACUCAGUUAGACAUAAUAAGCUUUCGGUUUUGUUUUUGUUUUUUUAAUUUAAUUUUUUUUGGGCCAACUGAGUUCGUAACUGUGCAUAUUACUAGUUCAUUUUAGUCACAGUGGUGCGAGGCUUUUUCUGACUGGAUAUUUGGAAGACUGCUUUUUGCAUUGCGUACACUGUCAAACAGCGCAUAUACGUUUUUGAUUUGUCAGAUUAGUUUUAUUAUUUGGGUUGGUUAGAUUAGGUCAGUGUUGUUAUACUACAGUGCAUUGUUCAAAGGACAAAGUGACAGUGUGUCCUUAACAGAUCGUGAUGAAAUCAGAAAAAGCCUAAUGCUUCUGUGAGUCCACUAAAAUGAACACUUAAAUGUACACAUGUAACUGAUUGACUGGAGAUAUGCUGUCAUAUACUGGUAUCUGUAAACAGGUAUGUAUGUAUUUGUACUGUAAAUAAUAAAUAGUAAUACAUUCAAUAAACUUUUUCCGUUUUGUAUUGCACUGUUAAAAAUGCUGACUUUUGCUAACAU